UAUUUUCGAAAUAAUCGGCUCGAACAGACUGGAUUUAUCCAAUGAAAUCUCUAUGCGUCCGGUACCCUCGAACUUGAUCCUGGACCCUCACAUCUCACCAGAGUUAACUCACGAGAACCCCGAUCCUUCGUCCAUGGCGUGGAGAUCUGUUCCUCGCCUAAAACAUAUCCUCCGAGACAAUGCUUCUUAUUUCUCUCGUCCAGGGUUGGGAUCCAUCGAUAUUUCGCGAUGGGUAACCUACAUGCCCCGUCCCGGCGACGGCUCACCAAGGCCGGUGACAUUGAUUCCCGGCGACGGCAUCGGUCCCCUAGUCACCGGAGCCGUGAAGCAGGUCAUGGAGGCGAUGCACGCGCCGGUGUACUUCGAGACCUACGAAGUACACGGCUCCAUGACAUCGGUUCCAGCGGAGGUGAUUGAGUCGAUUCGGAGGAACAAGGUCUGCAUUAAAGGAGGAUUGGAGACGCCGGUGGGUGGAGGUGUGAGUUCGCUCAACGUGCAGCUGAGAAAGGAGCUCGAUCUCUAUGCUUCGCUGGUUAACUGCUUCAAUCUCCCUGGCUUGCCUACGAGGCACGAAAACGUUGAUAUCGUCGUGAUCAGGGAGAAUACGGAGGGUGAAUAUUCUGGACUUGAGCAUGAGGUCGUUCCUGGCGUUGUUGAGAGCCUUAAGGUAAUCACAAAGUUUUGCUCAGAGCGCAUUGCAAAGUAUGCUUUUGAGUAUGCCUACCUCAACAACAGAAAGAAAGUUACAGCGGUACAUAAAGCUAACAUCAUGAAGCUUGCCGAUGGUCUUUUUCUAGAAUCCUGCCGUGAGGUUGCUACAAAAUAUCCCGGAUAAAAUAUAAUGAGGAUUAUUGUUGACAAUUGCUGCAUGCAACUUGUUUCAAAGCCUGAGCAGUUUGAUGUAAUGGUGACACCAAAUUUGUAUGGCAAUCUUGUGGCGAAUACUGCUGCAGGUAUUGCUGGAGGAACUGGUGUAAUGCCUGGAGGUAAUGUUGGGCAAGACCAUGCAAUUUUCGAGCAAGGCGCAUCGGCCGGCAAUGUAGGAAAUGCGAAAUUGGUGGAACAAAAGAAGGCCAAUCCUGUGGCACUUCUUCUCUCAUCUGCCAUGAUGUUAAGACAUCUCCAGUUCCCUUCGUUUGCCGAUCGACUCGAGAUGGCUGUUAAGCGAGUGAUCGAAGAAGGUAAAUACAAAACUAAAGAUCUCGGUGGCCAAAGCACCACCCAGGAGGUUGUUGACGCAGUCAUAUCACAAUUAGAUUGAUCCUUUACAAUAUUGCUUAAUAUCUAUAUAUCUAUAUAUAUCUAUUUCUAAUGUAUACCAAAGAGUAGAUACAUUUCCAGAACCUUUUACAUUUUGUCCUUCUGUUUACAAUAAUUGAAUUGCGGAUCAGAAUUGAUUUGAGUUGUAAGUUCUCGGGAAAAUGAGAAUGAUAUAUUUUUUU